UAGUCUCCUAGAGUGGUGAUAGAGGAAACAUCUUCCUAUACAACAUUUUAGCAUAUGCAGCCUUUCGCAUUUCUCCUUCCGUGAGGUGUUAUACAGUAUCCGAUAAAUUAGAUCAAGAUGUUCGACAUAGAAGCGCUGCCAAAUGAAAUCUUCAAUUUGGUUAUCGAGCAUUUGAUAAUUUCCAUUGGUAUCUUCAGAGCUUUCAUACUUCGAUCCGUCAAUAAAAACUUUAACUCUGCUAUACUAUUCGCCAUCUGCAAUAAACAAAUCUUAGAUAUCAACCAUUGGGUUAUACCAGGGUUGAUUUCCCUUAUACCGACAACCCCGAAAGCCAGAAUUCUUCUAGUAAAAUCACGCUCAGAGGAAAUCAAUAGAGACGAUGCCCUAUUCGUCAUCGCCAGAGUGAAUCAAGUGCUGGAUGACUUAACCAAGCCAUCAAAGGAACAGCAGGCCGAGCAGCAUCAGAUGAUUGCUGAGGCGAUUGCUGAUAGAUACCCACAUGGGAUAUUAAACUCAUUGAAGGAAAAUAAUGCUAGUACGAAAACGAAUGCUCAUAAUGUCCUCAUGGGUGCUAUUGUUAUUGGUAACUUACCACUCGUUAAGACACUGCUGGAAGAGCAACAAGCAGACGUCAACGUAUUUAACCCCUAUUUUGGACAGCCCCUAGAAAUCGCUGCCGUUCGGGGCCACCUACAAAUCGUUCUCUAUCUUCUGGACUGCGGUGCGGAUCCUUGUCGGGAUGAUAACGGAGAGGACUGGAAUGGUUUCGACAGAAGACUCCCGAUAAGUGCGAUAAGUGCGUUAGGGGCAGCGGUCCGAGGAGGACACGAUAACGUCGUCCAGUUGCUUAUGAAACCCGAGUAUAGCCCAUCUCCCGCCAAAGCCGAGUAUUUUCGAGUGAUAGUCGAUGGAGUCAAAUUUGGGCGUCUUCAUUUUGUUCAGUCACUCCUACAGGCAACAGGUAAACAAAUAUCGGACUUCGGCAAGUUCGGCGAUUUAAUGUUUUACACCGCAGUGGUCAACGAUCAACCAGACAUAGUACAGGUGCUUCUAGACGGUGGCAUCGAUGUAAACAUGGCUUUGCAUGACCCAAGCCACCGGCUUUCCAUCCCCAUGCUAUGUAGAGCGGCGUCAAGGGGGAAUCCUCGUAUGGUCCGAAUUCUUCUCGAUCAUGGUGCCAUUGUGGACAGUGGGGGAAAUGCAGAUAUGUAUUAUGAAUCCUGGCUCCCUAUUGCAAGGGCUGCCAGGCUUGGACAUGAAGAAGUGGUUGAUCUUAUACUUGCGCACAGCACCGACCCUAAAUCUCUUGAAACAGCAUUCAUAUGUGCUGCGGAAGGGGGUCAAACUCAUUUAAUGAACAAGCUUUGGAAGAAAGAUUCACAAUUGCAUACAAAACCAUGGCCUCAUCCUAUAAAUCUUAGAUGCACAGUGGGCGUUGAGGCAUUGUACCGUGCCAUUAUCCAAAAAAGCCCAGCGGUGAUCUCUCUAUUGGCCGAGCACGGUGUUUCGCUCAAUGAGAAAUAUUUCGAAAAAUGCCUCAUGGUGAUAGCGAGAUUCGAAUCAGCGCGGUGGAUAGCAGAUUUUAUGGUAUCGUUGGGUGCUGAAGACGUGGACGGUGACAGAUUCACUAACUACACUCACAGGGGCGAUGGCAGAGUGACUAUGAGAGCAGGUGUAUAUAUAAAGAAACAAAACUGGGAGUGGGGUAGCAAAUACUAAAAGUAGACUUAUAUGAAAUGAUUUAUAGAUUUAAGCAAGCCUCCUGCUGAACGGCUAUACUGGCAUUCGUGGUACAUUUUCUUAGAG